GCAAUAAAAAGCUAUUAUUAUGGUGUAAGUAUUUUCUUUUUGCAUCAACUGUCAUCAGCUUAUAAGAUUAGGAGUACUUUACUGAAUUAAAAUGGCGGUGGCUACCUAACCUAACUGACGCCGUGUCGCAUCUCUAUAUUCUAGGACUCUAAUCUAUAUCUGUGACAGUCUCUGUCCUGUUGUCUAUGGUUGGCAAUUGGCAUUAUGUACUUUAAGUACCGAGUUUGUGUAACUUUAAGGACCUACAUAAAAUGAUUACUUACAUUCUUGGUUUUAAAUAGCGGAAUAAGCGCUGAGUCUAAUUAGUAAUAUAUAGAAAUUUGUGGCAUUAUUAGAGAUCAGUGUUCGUCAUACAUGCUGAUCCUAAAGCAAUACUUAUGAUUUAGUUAUAUUAUAGAAAGAGAGAAAUAGUUACGUUAUACUCGUGGAACAUGUCGAUCGAUCAUAGUGGCAAAGGUUAUACUCCUCUUCCACAAAGUAUAAGCAAUACUGAUACCGAAGAUGAGGAGGAACGUUUAACUCAAUCUAACGAUAUUACUUACAAAGUCGACAAUACUACGAUAGCGGAAUUACAUUCAAAUCAUGAAAAUGGCAUAUUUCAUCCGUUGGAUGAAACCCAAAAUCUAGAAAAUAACACAAGAAACAAACAAAAUAUAAUCAAAUGUUAUCGAGAUGAUAUACCAAUAAUGGUAAUUGAGGGAAGUGAACAAGAUAAUUUUUGGAAAAGAAAAGAUAUAUCGCCAAUAAGGCGUUUUUGUUUAUUUGUAUCUAUAUUAAUAUGCAUUAUUACAAUAGUUAUUUUUUUGUAUGUAUUACCUUGUGAUAGUUCAAUGAUUUGUUCACCAAUUAUUGAGCCACAUUCGUCUGUAUCGUGGGAUAAAACAUUGCAAGAUGUAGAAAUAUAUGGGCCUAUUACUGUAGUACCUGGAUCUCCAUACAAUCUAAUAUUUCUUCUUCAUGGUGAACAAUAUAAAAGAAAUGAUACAAAAGAUGAAGUAAUUCAUCAGAGACAGAUACCUUCAGAAGGAGGAGGAGUUAUAUCAAUGCAAGGAAAUAAUGGAUUACCAUUAUGGCUGGUUCCAUUAAAACAAUUACCUAUUAUUAUAGAUUGUACUAGUAUUGAUAUUGAUCAAUCUGGAAAACCGGACUGUAUUGUUGUCGGUGAAGAAGGCCUACUCAUUAGCAUAGAACCGAUUGCUGGAACAAUUCAUUGGAGUUCCACAAUUCGUACAGUCCCUAAAUUACCAGUUAUUAUACCAGACAUUGAUACUGAUAAUAUUGAAGAUUUAUUAAGUAUAACAAUAGACGAUAAAAGUAUAUCAUCUCUUGUUUUUUUAUCUGGGAAGACUGGUCAAUUGUUGGAACGUUAUUCAAUUAAUAAUUGUAUUUUCAUUGAUAUAUAUAACCUUGUUUCUAAUGGCACUAUAUCCUAUAAUUGUUAUGAUGACAAUGCAAAAUAUGUAACAAGAUUCAUGUCUUUGAAAAGAUUAUUCCAUAAUUUAAAGAUAACACAGAUACAUAAAAAAUUUUCAGAAUCAGCAGCAUUACCACGACUAUUUGAAAUAAUAAAACCAUAUGAAGAUGAAUAUAGUUGGAGACCUACUUCUUAUCAUCAUUUGACUAUAGAAAAUGAAGGCGUAUGUCCAGGGCAAUUUUGUCAUACAAAUAUAAAUUUAACUUUGCAGAGAUUAACAAAUGAACCAAUAACUUUGUGGGAUCAUGUAAGUUCAAACACAUUUGCAUCUAAACCAGUGUUUUUAAUAACUUCGAAUAAAUCUUAUACUUUUGGAUUCGCCAUUAAGUUCUGGCAAUGGAUGGAUUUACCAUUGAAACAUAUAGAAAAAACAAUUAUUAUGGAACAAACACUUAUAGAAAGAGUUCUCAUAGUUUUUGUGAAUUAUACAGAUGUUCAAGCUAUUAAUGCUAGUCAAUGUGAUGUAAUACAAUUGUGUCAACAUAAACUUAACUGUCAACCAAAUUUAAAUUCACGAAAACAAUUUACUUCUGUAGAAGUCAAGUAUCUCGAUAACAAUGAAUUUCCAGAAUUGAUAAGUUAUUGGUCUUCAUACAAUACAGAUUCAAUGAAAUCAUUAAUAUCAAAAGUACAAGUUAUAAAGAUGGAUUCUAUAAUGUCUCAUUUGAUACAUGAAAACAUUUAGUUUUAUUGCAAAAUUUUUAUACUUUGUGUUCAAUAUGUGAUUUGCUUUCUGUUACUUAAUGACGAUUUGUUCUAUGAUCAUGAAACAUGAGAUAAAAUAUCUUUUUUACAAA